AUGAAGUUCUCCCUCGCUACCAUUGCCGUUCUCGCCACUGCUGUCACCGCUCAGCAGGGAUACCAGCAGCCCCAGUACCAGGGCCAGGGUUACCAGCAGGCUCAGCAGUACCAGCCCCAGCCCCAGUACCAGGGCCAGGGUUACCAACAGCCUCAGCAGUACCAGGCCCAGCAGAACAAGUACUCCCCGGCUGAGGCUCAGGCAUUCCACACUUGCAUCGAUCAAAUGCUUGACCAGUUCAACCUCCAAAAUUCUGGUAGCUCGGUCUCUUGCUCUACCUUCAAGUGCCUCGACCAGACCGCCAACCAAUACAGCCGAGGUGGUGUUCUCGCUGGUCUUGGAAACGUUGUCAGCUUGGCCUGCGGAUUUGGUGGAAUCAUUCCUAAAUUCCUCUAA